UCUCAGUUGUUGUUUCGCUCCCAUAUCACUAUGGAGGACUUGGAGCGAGAGGACUUCAAGAUUCAUGAUCCUGCAGUGGCAUGGUUGAACGAAAACGAAGUGGCACUUCGCACCAGAGAGGGACACGUUCUGUCGUACAACCUCAACAGCAACAUCACCACCACACUUCUGGACAACAGCUCCCUGGACCUGAGUGCUACGAAGUUCCAAGUGUCUGUGGACAAAAGGUUUGUCCUCUUGGCGUAUAAUAUUCAACCGGUAAGUUUUGUCUGAAUAUAAGUGACAACCACAUUUAUUCUAAACUAUUCCACAUAAGAAAGUCAAGCUUU